GUGUUGGACGCGCCACCAGAAGGGCAGACAUGAACGGAGCAGCGGAGCCCCCGGCCAGGGACGUGCUGGCCAAAGAGCAGGACGCCUGGCCGAAGGAGGACCUGCUGCAUCUCCUGGAGAACAUGAAGCUGAACAUCCCGCCGAAUGACGUGAGCAAGUUCAAGACGUCGGAGUCGCACCUCAACUGGGACAAGGUGGCCUUCAACCACCACACAGGGGACAUGUGCAGGCAGAAGUGGCUUCAGAUCUCAAACAAGAUCCGUAAGUUCCGCACGCUAACAGAGCUGAUUGUGGACGCUGAAGACCAAGUCCAGAAUCCUUACAAGGGCAAGAAGUUAAAGCAACAUCCUGACUUCCCCAAAAAGCCGCUGACUCCGUACUUCCGUUUCUUCACGGAGAAGAGAGCCAAGUAUGCCAAGCUGCACCCCGAGAUGAGCAGCCUUGACCUCACCAAGAUCCUGUCCAAGAAGUACAAGGAGCUGCCGGAAAAGAAGAAGAUGAAGUACAUUGAAGACUUUCAGAGGGAGAAAGAAGAGUACGAGCGCAGCAUGGACAAGUUCAGGAGAGAGCACCCGGACCUGAUGGAGAACCUCAAGCGCUCGGACGUCCCGGACAAACCAAAAACCCCUCAGCAGCUGUGGUACAACCACGAGAAGAAGGCCUACCUGAAGAAUUACCCAGACGCGACAACAAAAGAGAUUAAAGAGAAUUUGACCAAGCAGUGGACGCAGCUGUCUGACAAGAAGCGGCUCAAGUGGAUCAACAAGUCCCUGGAGCAGCAGAAGCAGUACGAGGAGCUCAUGCGGGUCUACGUUCACCAGCACCCUGAGCUGAACAUCUCUCAGGAGGUGAUCAGCAAGUCCACCCUCACCAAAGCAGAGCGGCAGCUGAAGGACAAAUUUGCGGGCCGACCCACCAGGCCACCUCCGAACUGCUACUCCAUGUACUGCGCAGAGCUCAUGUCCAACAUGAAGGAUGUCCCGAGCACCGAGCGGAUGAUGAUGUGCAGUAAACAGUGGAAGCUGCUGUCCCAGAAGCAGAAGGACGUUUACCAGAAGCGCUGUGAGCAGAGAAAGAAGGAGUAUGAAGUGGAGCUGAACCGCUACCUGUGUUCUCUGCCAGAAAAGGAGCAGCAGCGCGUGCUGGAGGAGGAGAAGAUGCAGGGCUACAGCAAGAAAGUCACCAGCAGCCCCUCAUCCAAGAGCAACUCCAACUCCAAGGGGAGCUCUGGCAAGCCCAAGCGGCCCAUCUCUGCCAUGUUCAUCUUCUCGGAGGAGAAACGCAAAAAGCUUCAGGAGGAACGUCCCGAUCUGUCGGAGAACGAGUUGACCCGCCUGCUGGCGCGGAUGUGGAACGAACUCUCGGAUAAAAAGAAGGAGAAGUACAAGCGCCUGGAGGCGGUGGUGAAGGCCGAGUCCGAGAAGGAGCGCAGCAGUCUACCCGAGUCCCCCAAGACGGCCGAGGAGAUCUGGCAGCAGAGUGUCAUUGGCGAUUACCUGGCCCGCUACCGGAACGACCGGGCCAAAGCCCUCAAAGCCAUGGAGGCCACCUGGAACACGAUGGAGAAGAAGGAGAAGAUGAUGUGGAUCAAGAAAGCUGCCGAGGACCAGAAGAGAUACGAGAGAGAGCUCAGCGAGAUGCGAGCCCCGCCUCCCUCGGGCAAAAAGAUGAAAUUCGAAGGGGAGCCCAAGAAGCCUCCCAUGAACGGAUACCAGAAGUUCUCCCAGGAGCUGCUGUCCAGCGGGGAGCUCAAUCACUUACCGCUGAAGGAGCGCAUGGUGGAGAUAGGCGGCCGCUGGCACAAGCUGACGCAGGCUCAAAAGGACCGCUACAAGAAGAUUGCAGAGGAGAAGCAGAAGCAGUACAAGGUGCAGCUGGAGCACUGGCUCAAGUCCUUGUCCUCCACCGACAGAACAGCCUAUAAGGAGUACACGUCAAGUAAAAGGAAAACGACGUCAAAGCCCGGAGGUCCCACCGCCAAGGUGAAGGCCAGCGGCUCCAAGAAGUCGGAGUCGGAGGAUGACGAAGACGACGAGGAGGAGGAUGAUGAUGAUGAGGAGGAAGAGGAGAAGGAGUCUUCAGAAGAAGAGUCUUCCAGUGAAGGAAGUGAUGAUGACGACGACGAGGAGGAUGAAGAGGUACAGGAGGAAGAGGAGGAAGAGGACAAGGAGAACGAGUCGGAAUCCAGCAACAGCAGCUCCUCCAGCUCGGAGGAGAGCUCGGAGUCGGAGUCGGACUGAAGGGCGGCCCUGACCCUGCCAGCCCCAGCCUGCACAAUGGCAUGAGUUGGCAUCGCCACUGUUGUUGCAGGCCCUGUGUAACCCCAGGCUGUCCUCCUCUGGUGACCCUGGCAGCGGUUGGGUAUGCGUGUGUGUGUGUGUGUGUGUGCGCGCGUUGACGGGUCCUAGAGGAGCGCUGCACUCUUCAGCACACUCUCCUCUCCGCCUGGCACAUGCCCGACUUCCAGCGGGUUGUAAAGUCCUGCCAGAGGGAGGCUCCUGUGGCUCUGUACGCCCUUUUCUUUUAUACAUUCUUAACCACUUUUACGUUGCUUUUAUUUUCUUUUAACGUUUUGUUUGAAGGCAGGCCGGGGGGGGUGGUGGGGGGUUUGUGUGCGCGCGCCAUUGACCCAUCGCUGACUGACCUGGCGCGACUCAGUCGGACUGCAGUGGCCCUGGACUGGACCCUGAGGGGCCGCGCACCUCUCACUAUCAUGACGUAGCUGAACAGUAUUUACUGACGGGCGGACGGACCGGGGAGGACCACCCUGGCACCGCACAGCAAGGCACGGCACCCGUCCUAACUGGCGUUUCAGCCAAGCCAGCUUGACCGAGCCUCAGGAGGUGGGGGGCACGCCGUUUCAGUUUGGAUGUUUUUUUUCUGCUCCCCCACCUGUGAAUACUAUUAAUGGCUUGGUUGAAGACCCCCCCAAGAACACGGACGCUGUGGUCUGCUAUGUGUAUAUAGCGCUCUUUGUAACAAGUGGCUUUGGUUUACAUUUGGAUGUUUUAUUUUGAAGUCUUACAGUAUUGCUGGUGGGAUGGGGGGGCCCGGGGCGCGGUGCUGUAAGAGACCACCUUGAGUGCAUUUUGGCACUAAUGAAAGAACUUGUUACGGGGUGGGGGGGGGGGGUCCAGAAUUUGGAUUUUUCUUUCAGAUAUUUCACUUUGUUUUUGUAGAAACCAUAAGCAAAAAGGCUUUGCAAAUUUGUAUUGCUGAUUUCAGAAAGUCAAAUGUUUUAUAGCCGUCGUUCUUUAUUUCAAAUUCUUCCAAUUUGGGAAAUAAAACUUUUGUUAUAAAAGAUCAA